UGUAGGAACCUGUUUGAUGCCCUGCAGGGUAGGAGCACCCUCCCAUUUCGUCAGCCUUCCCUCCCAUAACAAGGCUGGGCCCCAAGCUGAGAUCUUGUGUGCUUUGCCCACACACUGCCCUCCCUGCAGAUUGCUCACCCCGACCGAGGACGGAGGCCGUUGCAUGCUUUUAAAAAGAGAUCCUUGCAGAAGGAAAUCCACCGUGCUGCUUCUACCGGUCCCAAUUACAUUUUUGUGUCAAACGCUGGAAACUGCACCGUGAGGAAGCCAGUGUGAAUCAUGCUGUCUCUUGGCGCCAUGAAAGAUGGCGUCAUCCUACCUAGUGAGGAAGACCGGAAACGGAUUAUUACCCAAAUGAAAGUAAGGACAACUCUGAAAGGGGACAAGAGUUGGAUCCAUCAGAGGUCUGAUUCUGAGGAGAAGCAGAACCACAGUCCAUUGGCAUCUUGUACAGCGCCAUCUUCCCACAGAGAACCACAGUCUCCUUCAGCACAAAAAAAUAUUUCCCCAAAUUCUUCUUCAACUGCCACAUCAUCUUCUGGGUAUCUCAUCAGGGGAGUUUUCACCAAGACCAUUGAUAAGUCAUCUCCUUCCAAGACAGCAUCCAAUGGGACACAGAAAAGUGUCAAGAGCCCAAGCCAGACCUCUCCCUCCUCCCAAGGGCCCAAGAUGUCCACUGAGGAUUACAAAAAACUAGCUCCUUAUAAUGUUAAGCGUGAACUCUCACAGCCAGGAGCUGGACAACCCUCUGUUUCUCCGGAGGAGCAGAAAAAGAGGACAGAAGCUGCCAGCAGUGUUUUGAGACGAUCAGCCGGCAGAGAACGUUCCUACGUCCUUUCAGCUGCAAAGAAAAGUGGAGGAAGUCCAACGCAAGAGAUACCAGUCAUUGUGGCUAAAAAGAUUGAUGUACCAGAUGACUUCGGUCCGCGAUCCAGAAGUCAGACUGUACCUGCCUCAGCCUGGUUUAACAGUCGUGGGAAAAGUGUUGAUACAACCAGCAGCAGAAACGUGGCCUCGAAACCCUACCUUGAAACUUCAUUCAACUAUUCCACAUCUGUGGAGCAGAGUAACAAGUCAGACGAGAAGUAUGAAACGAGUUCUGGACCUGAUUCUGUCCCCAGGAUCCCUACUUCUCCCAAGAGAAGUGAGAAGAAUGAAAUGCAGAGUCACAUGUUUUUCGACAAAUCUGUCCUGGAGCACAAACAUGAAGUUUCCAAUGGAGAAAGAAAACCUAAGGAUCCAGACUCAAAAGCUGCAGAAUUCUGCCAUCAUCAGCCAACCACAGAAAAGGAAAACACUGACGUAUACCCAGGAAUGGGGUACAGGACAUCUCCUCAUCUGGACCACAAUGAGGGUUUUGACUCAAAAAGGUCUGAGCUACAGCCUGGGGAAACUAAUCUGAGUACCACUGGAAUCCAGUGUGAACUUAUUCCCAAGAGGGAGGAAUCGGAUGCGGAGAUUUCCAGAUACACUUCUUUUACUACAGAGAAUAGAAUUACCUCCCCACAGAACCAGUACAGAGAUCAGAGAUCAGGUGAAGAUUCAGACAGUAUGUCUUACUACCCCUUCAGAGAUGCUGGGACUACCGUUCCAAAAAGCCAUAGAGUGCCUUUUUAUAAGGACAUCUGUGACACUGAGAGUGGAAGGAAUUUGGCUGAUUCCGAGGCUGCUUCCUUUGAACAGAAGAAUUUUUCUAACUAUGAUUCAGAUUCCUCUGCAUCAGGCAAAGGCCUCCUCUUUGUGAAAGAAUCCAUCAAAAGCAUGGAAUUGUCCUCCUCCCCACGUUACAACAGCCGCAGCUUGGUUGACUUGUCCGAACUGGAGAACCCAAGCUACAGCAGUAGCAGCUACCUGAAUAACACAUCUCCCAAAAGGUCUUUGGAAGAUAUUUGUACUUACUGUGGCCGAGUAAUCCGCAACUGUGCCAAGAUAUCUAUUGAGAACCUCAACAUCAGCUGCCAUGAAUACUGCUUCAAAUGCGGAAUCUGCCACAAGCCAAUGGGAAAUCUCUUGGAUCAAAUCUUCAUUCAUCGAGAUAUUGUCCACUGUGAUAAGUGCUACGAGAAGCUCUUUUAGGUUCCAUGGACUGGACCAGCCUGCCCAAAGAGAGAUAUCUGCCUUCAUCUGUGUUCCUGGGGUUUUCUGAGGACUCUUUGAUCCAGCAAGCAUCUUCUUCCCCAGCCAUUCCUCCUUCCUCAUCUUCAGGCAAGCCAAGUGACUCACAUUCAACAACACUGAAGUUAACUCAUUGAGGAUGCUACAUCAGGAAGAGGAUGUAUUCUGCCCCAGUUUCAACUGGCUGCAUUUGGGGACUUCUCCUCAGUCUUGGUUGCUCGUCCAAAAGUCUUCUGUCCUUCCUUCCAUGAAGGCACCUUGGAUAUCUUCAUUCAACUUGACCACCAUUCAACUUGAUGAAGGAAGGCUUUAUACCAGGAACGAGAGGAAGAACGAUUAUCUAUUUUUUUAAAAAAAAAAAAAAGAGGGAGGGAGGUUGAAUCAUUCUUAUCAGGAAUGCUUCUUAAUCAAUUUAUCCAUGGGAAGUCUUUUAGCCACAGCUAGGAAAUGUUCAAUUCCAAAAAAUGUUCCUUGAAUGCAAAGAGUUUUAAAUGAAUACACAAAAUGUUUUGAUUCCAAAGGCAUCAGGCACAAAACACUAUUUUUUUCCAGGAAUUUCGGGAGCUUUUUGAGCUUGAAACACUCCAGAAUUGUUUGAAGUAAGAAUUUUAAUGUUUUGAGCACUUCUUAAGUUUGGCUUCUGGCAUCCCUAGGAAUGUUUUGAUUUUGAAAGGCCACGCAUCAGGCAUGGAGGUUAUGUCUUCUGCAGUUUUUUUUUUACCAUGGGCUGAGGCUGAUGGGAUUUAAAAUCCAAAGCACCAGGAGAGUCACUACUUUUUUUAUUCUUGUUUUACCCAGAGAAGAAAUUAUUGAGUGAACUCAGUUUUUCAAACGUGGCAAAACUUUAAGCUGUGUGGAUUUCAACUCUAGCAUGGAAUUCUGGGAGUUGAAGUUCACACAUUUUAAAGUUCCCAAAAGUUUGCAAAACAUUGAAUUAAAUGGCCCAAUUGUCCUAUUCAGUAUCAAGCAGCUUCUUCUAUCUACCGCUGUUAUAUUUUCCCCCUCCCAUCAUAAUUGUCUCUCUGGGGAAUAAUUAUUGUAUAAAUACCAUUGAUUCUGUUUGAGAUUAUACAUUCUUCAUUGUUGGGAAAUCAGUUAUGGUUAAUUUCUUAGAUAUUUGUAUGUCUGUGAAGGGAUAAGCAUAUAUGUGCGAUAACAUACUUUUUGCAAUAUCCUUGAGUUUUAAUUCCUUUACACCUAUUCUCUUCAGACUCAAGUG